CUCAGUCACAGUGAACGAGUUCCGCUGUCACAACAAACAACAAUGACAGACUCAGGGCCAAAGUUCAAAAUAAUCAAGUUUUUAAAGAUUAUUAUCAGCAGUUUCCUCAUUACAGUCCUGCUGUUAUUCACCAUAGCAUCUAUCAGGACGCUUUCACUGGACGUUAAUGUCGGACUUCAACUCGCACAAUGGGAAAAGACCAGUAACAUCUCUCUUGCCAUAGACCAGCACCACAGAGAGAAGCUGCUUGCAAAUUUCAAAGAGGCUAUCCGGAUCCCCACUGUGUCAUUCUCAGAGAAGGAGAGCAACACCACCGCGCUGCUUCACUUUGACAGGUUCAUCCGAAAAGCCUUCCCCACAGUUUUCUCUUCAAGCUUGGUUCGUCAUGAAUUGGUGGCCAAUUACAGCCACCUGUUUUGGGUGCAAGGAUCACAGCCUGACCUGGUGCCGUACCUGCUGCUGGCUCACAUCGAUGUAGUACCUGCCACAGAGUCAGAUGGCUGGGAGGCCCCACCUUUUUCUGCUGAGGAGAUAGAUGGCUUCAUCUAUGGUAGAGGGACCAUAGACGACAAGGGCUCUUUAAUGGGAAUACUUCAGGCACUGGAGUACUUGCUGAUAAAAGGCUAUGCUCCACGCAGAGGAUUUUACAUCGGUUUUGGUCAUGAUGAAGAAGUCGGUGGUUACAAAGGAGCGAUGAACAUGGUGCGUGUCCUGAAGCAGCGUGGUUUGCAGCUGUUGUUUGUCCUGGAUGAGGGCCUUGCUGUGCUUGAUGGAGUCAUCAGUGGUCUUGACGGACCCGCUGCUCUAAUUGGGAUAAGUGAAAAGGGUGCGGCCACUGUGAAGCUUAGUGUGUCUACCGUCCCUAGUCACUCUUCAAUGCCUCCCAGGGAGACCAGCAUUGGGAUCUUAGCUGCAGCAGUCAAAAGACUAGAGGAGAACCCUAUGCCGAGAUUUUUUGGUCAUGGUCCUGAAUAUGGAACAUUUGAGCAUCUGGCGCACAAGUUCGGGCUCCCAGUGAAGUUCAUAAUGUCAAAUUUGUGGCUGUUUGCCCCGCUCCUUAGCAGGGUUUUGGAGAGAAAACCAGACACUAAUGCUUUUGUAAGGACAACAACAGCAGUCACCAUGUUUAAUGCCGGAGUUAAGGUGAAUAUCAUCCCUUCUCUUGCUGAAGCUUAUGUAAAUCUACGAAUCCACUCAGCGCAGUCAUUACAAGAGGUCCUGGACCUAAUCCAGUCUACAGUGGGGGACCAGCGAGUGAAGAUAGAGUUGAUUGAAGGGUUUGACCCUCUGCCUGUUAGCUCUGAUGAUGAAAAGUCCUUUGGCUACCAGAUCAUUAAGAAAACAGUGCUGGACAUGUUUCCAACUGUUACAGUUGCUCCAGGCAUCUGUAUUGGGAACACAGACAGUCGACACUUCAAAGACCUGACGAACGAUAUUUAUCGCUUCGCUCCUGUCUGGUUUAAACCAGGUGAUGCUCAGAGAUUCCAUGGCAUCAAUGAACGGAUUUCCAAAAAGAACUACGAGGACCUUGUAGUAUUUUACUCCAGUCUGAUUCAAAAUUGUGACAUUCAGAAGCUCCCUGAGCCUCACAGUUCUGCCCAUGAACUCUAAGGAAUAUAAAGUUUAAGUAACAAAUUAUACAAAUGCAAUUCAAUGAUAUUUGUUAUAUUUUCAGUCUGAAUAAUUUCAACAGCAACCAACAAGACCUUGGCUUAAUGUAUAGUUGCUAAAUUUAAAACAAAAUGAUGUGAUUCUGCAUUUUACAGCCAGAAGGUGCAAUUUUACAUUAUCCUGUAAUUGUAGCUUUACAGUAAGCAAUGGACUUAUUUUAAUAAUGUUUGAUGACAUACAGUACUGACCUCUUUGCGAAGAAAUGAUCAUGGGAUAACUACAUGGAGCUCCUUUGCAUUUGUGACGAAAAAUGUGCGGAAGACUGCUGUAAUGAUUUUUGGAUUUAAAAUCAUGAUGGUAUAAUUUUACGAAAUGACCAUUUUUGUUGAGCUGCUAAGAAUACUGUAGUACUUGAAAUUAUGAUGGUGAAUAUGACUUUAAUGACAUGACUGCAUAAACAUUUUUUGGUUGAAUAUAACAAAAACAUGCUUCUUACAGUGGAAAUGCUGAGUGGUGACAUUAUUCAAGUACAGUGGUUUUUAAAGAGUUCUGUACUAGGCUUGGGCGAUAUCUAUUUUUUCCAGACCUUCCUGAAAUUUCACCAAGGUAUACGGCAUGUGACAGUUAUGACGGUAUUAGUGUUCAAACAAUCACCAACACUGUUUUGGUUGAAAUUAACCCUUAAUUUGCUAAAUUAAAAUGUGAAGACAUGC